CUUCUAUCGGAUUUCGGGGCGUCAUCUGUCCCCACAGCGAACUGUGCCUCUUGAAUUUCUGACCAAUAUUGAUGCCGCCCAGCAAUAAACAGUAAAGCUUCUCCGAUUCAAGCCAUCCCUCGCGGUGACCCAAAAUGGAGGUACUGUACAGCCUCGAUUUCACGAAAGAGGAGAGUCUGGAUGCUUUCCCCUCACCUACACAGGCGCCUGUGCCAAUCCCCUAAAACAGGAUUUCUCCGUAAGCGACAAGAAACAAGUCGGAAGCGUUUGACACCGAGUAUACUCACACUCACAGAAGAAGAGGUUGUGGAGGUAAGUCAAUCGGGUCCAACUCGCUUCUUAAGGAUCGUCACUCGGCUUACUGCCUUGUCCGUCAGCCUCAUUUCGAUAACAAAAGAUAUAUGAGCGAGGUCACUGCUUGAAUGAUGUUCAAGGGCCAAGCAAAAACAACUUAACUAUGGAUUCCCUAUUCAAAUCCCACUAUCCAAUAUUCAUUCUUCUCGCUCUAUUUCCUAUCUUGUCUUCCUCUGUCGCUACUGAUUCGAGUAAACAUAGCCAGGGGAAUUUCACAUCUUUAAGUGAUGCUGUCCCACAAUUAUCGAAUCUUACAUAUCUACUACCCACCACUCACAAGAAGGCUCCCACACUCGGCGGUCAAAAUUUCACCCACUGUUGUUUAUUAGCGGUCAAUGCCUCACUUGAAGUUAUUGGUGGAUACCUUCGCAAGACUGAAACUGACUACAUAGGCGCCACUGUGGAAGAGUUUCUUCAACGCAGCGAAGAUGGUCAGUUUCCCUGCACAGCUACAUGGGAUGGAGAUAUCAGAGGUGCACCAAAAGUCAGUGUCCCAGCAGGAUGGCUGGAAUCUACUUGCCCCGGCUGGCAGAUGUCCGAUUCGAAGAAGGGCCAUGAGAGCCAGUGGAUCACGCCAUUCGUUGGAUUUUUACUUCCAUCCGUGGUAUUUGUCCUUACUAUUCCAAGACGACGGAAACUCGCGGUAUGGAAGAAGCUAUUCGUUCCAGACUUUUCGCAGCUCAUCAGUUGGAUCGUCGCACCAUUUGCAAUGAUCCUGGCUGGCAUAUUUGUAUGUUGCGACACACUUAUCUGGCUCGCUACUUGCUUCGCGUUUGCAAGUCCGAUGAUACUCAGCGGUAUUUACGAAGCAUAUCUCGACCAGAAAGUAAUCUCUUUCUUGACAGAAAAAACAGCUAAUCUCAGAUUGACUCUCGAUAUGCGCGCUCGACUUCUCUUCGUUGUCCUGGUUGGUAAUUUGGAUCUGGAUCCUGAACAAAUUCGAGGAGACGAGGAGCUGGUUAUUCUAAGUCAUGGGAAGCAUUCGGACGACAAUGAACGUUGGCCAAACUUUAGACCAAACGCACCCCGCAAUCCGUCUUCUCCUUGGACGCAUAUUGAAAAUCUUGUUAGUCCACUUCGAUCGUAUAGAGAUGCCGCGCUCGGAAGUCCUCGACAAUGGCCACUUCACGAUGUCAAAUGCACAAUUCCAAAUUGUACUGAUUUGUAUUGCAAAGAGGUACCUCUUCGACGAAACUUUUUUGUUCGCAAAGAAAUUGGCCGCACAAAGACUCGGAUAAGGACAAUGUUGGCUACUCAACUAUCGUUUGGAUCAAGUGUUGGCUCCCCCGUUGUCUUCUUCCUGGGAGCCUUUAGCUUCACACUCGUGACCACACUUGCAAGUUUAGGAGAUGAAGAUACCAGCCUGGAUCUCGCGUUCGGAAUGUGGUAUAUGAUAAGUUAGUAUAUCCCUUGUAUUCAAAAGUUUUGUGGAGAAAAAAAACUAACGUAAACCAGUACCCCAUAUUUCCAUUGUAUCUGGCCUCCUACUUGCUGGCAAUAACCCAAACACGCUUGAGGGAGUUAUGGCUCUUGAGUUCGGUGACGUGGAGGAAAAAGAAUCCUUUGAAACGAAACACUGGCUCAACAGCAUCUUUGAACUGGCAUACGAAAGCCGCUACCGUCCAAAAUGGUUAUGGGAACGUGGACGAAGCAAGCAAGAUUGGAUUGACCGGGUGAUAUCCACCUAUGAGGUUCGAGCACCAUCAGGAAGACGAGGUUCUAUGGUUCCAGAUGAGGAUAUGGCGGCAUUACGAGUGGCAACUACGCUGGGUUUCACGGGCUGGACAAUCGUCCUAGCCUUGACACUUCUUCUCAUGGGAGUUCCGUUUGUUCUUGCUUUCGUCGUCUCAUUUUUCACCCCACAAGUUGGUGUGUCUUGUCGUAGCUUCACUAUUCUCAUAUACGCCAUCGCUCAACUCUGCCAGGUAAUUCUCUGGAUGUGGGCUUACGCUGGUCCUCCUUCGAAGGGGAAAUACUUCACGUUCUUUCGCAAAGGUGGCUUCCUUGACCAAAAAGGGUUCUUUACACCAACCAACAUCAAAACUCUAUGGACACAAAAAACGUUCCGGUCACUUCCAACUCUAUGGGCACUCAUAUGGUUCAAUCUUGCUAUGCUAUUCGGACUCGGAGGCGUUAUGUCCACGAUUGGCGGUACGAUGAUGCAACUGAUGGGCGUCUACACGUCUUCAAAAUGUAGCAUAAAUGCCUCUUGGUGGACAAGACCCCACGAGCACAUUAUUGUCACUAUAAGUAAAAACUCCGAGCUCGAAAUCCGCGAUGCGAAGAAAUACUGGAUCCCCUGUGCUAUUACUGCCAUUUUGUUUUUAGGAUUGGUGAGCUUCUGUGGAUGGUGGUAUCAAAGACGACUGAGGGGGCUGUUCAGGAAUUUGGUGAGUGAGCUAGGGAGUCCGAGGACAGAUAGGGAGGAUAUUAGAGCGGUGGUUGUCCCUUCUAGAAAUGGUUCACUAGGUGGCUGAAGGGGCUGCAAUCCUUUUUGUUUGUUGAACUUUUCUUUCUGCUUUAUCCUUACGAGCAUGGAGUUUUGGGGGUUUAUGUUCAGAUACCCAUAUUUUUGUUUUAUACAUAUGAGCGAAGUAGCAUUUCUCUUUGGUAGUGGAGGUUUAUAUGUAUGAUAGUUACAUAAGAUUGCUUUUGAUAAUAUUC